UGAAAAAUGCUCAUAAUUCACAGUUUUUGUAACUUUCAAUGGUCCACUGUGUGAACUGUUACAAAUUGAGAACAACCUGUAUAAUAGGCUAUUUUUUUAAAAAAAAUUGCUACUUUGCAUUAAUGAGUAAUUAACUUAUCCUGUGAUUACUUUGUGUCUCUUUUAGACUUAUUCGGGACACAGCAUCCCUGGACAUCACCAGUCCAACUUUCACGGAUGUCCAAAUGCGCUUCCAGCGAGAUGAUUCAAGCGUUUCUACAUUGAUAUCAUCUCCUUCAACUGGUACUCUUCGUAUUCUUAUCAGUCUGGACUCCAGUGUUCUCAACAGCAAGAUUGCCUACCAACCUCAGUCUAACCCUCGGAAUGAAAAGGAUAUCUUAAAAAGUGAAAUAUCCUUCAAAAAUCCAGAACUGAUUCAAAUCAAAACCAACUGGGAAGAAAAUGCUGUUCCAGAGUUCCUUGAAGGUUUAAAAGAGAAGGUCCCUAAAAUGGCCGAUGCUUUGUACCAUGUUGCUGACAAGUACCACCGUGAACAUACAGGCAUGGAAAUCAGCUCUGCUGCCUCAAAACUGAAGACUACUCUGAGAAGAAAUAUUGACAGCACAUACAUGAACACAGUAAACAGCAUCAGUGAAUUAGAACAACAGCUUCAUGAAGUAACGAAUCAGGUCACAGGACAAUACGAACAGAUUAAGGCACAAUCCAGAAAGCUAUACAACAAAGCUGCAGACCAAGCUAGCCAAAUAGAUUAUGACCAGAUCAGAGCCCAAUUUUGGGAUGCCAUAAUGGAUGCAAUAGUAGAAUACCAUAAACAAAUCAAACGUCUCAUUGACUCCGCCAUUGAGUUUUUGAAAGUAACAAGAUUCCAGGUACCAGGCCUUCCUGGGAGGCACACCGGUGAAGAACUUUAUGUGAAAAUCACUGAAAAAGUAGCAAAAGCUGUAGAUCAGUGCAUUACAAGAGUGCAGGAAUAUUUUGAUUCUUUGGUUGCCUUUGUCAAUAAAGCAGAAAUUAAAAUCCCAGCUUCCUCUGAGGUAAUCAAAGGCAGUGACGUACUGGCAGAAAUCAAAACAUUUUUAACCCAUGUACAAAAGAAAACUAGUCAGAUAUUUGUUGGUCUCCGGGAGAUUGACUUUGCACAACAUCUAAGAAACCUAAAAGAAGGGAUUCAGCAAGUCUUCCAAAAGAUAGAAGAGUUUAUCAGAAACUUACAAGCUCAAAACUAUGACGAUCUGAGAGAGCAAACAAAAAAACUGCUUGUGAUGUUCUUACAGGGCCUGAAGAGCGUAGCAGGUGACGUAAAAUAUUUCGCUCCUCGCAUUGAAAACAUUAUCCAGAAUACUUUCUCCGACAUUUCUAAUAAGUUAGAAGACAUUCUACACGGCAUAAGAGAUUUGAGGAAGGAAUAUUUUGACCCAAGUGUUGUUGGAUGGUCAGUAAAAUAUUAUGAAGUGGAAGAAAAACUGAUCAAAUGGCUGAAGACUUUUUUUAAUACUAUACUCGAGUGGCACACCAAAUGGAUAAACGAUACUGCUAACUGGAUGAUAAACCUGACAGACCAAGCAAAAGAAGUUCUGGAGAACCAAGAAAAACUUGCUGAGCUUUCUAAAACUGCACAUGAAAAGAUCCAGUAUUGGUCUAAAGUAGCCAAACAGAGAGCUGCCGAACGAAACCAACAGGUGCAGGCAAAGUUGCAGGAGUCAUAUGAGCAGCUUUCCAAUUCUUAUGGAACACUCAUCAGUGAGACAAAAAGAUUGAUUGACUUGACAAUUGAGAAGUACACUACAUUCUUCCAAUAUCUCCAGAAGCUACUCGAUUGGCUUGAGAAAGUGACAGCUGAUACUUUGAGGCCCUACAUAGCUGUUCGCCAAGGAGAGCUCAGAAUAGAUAUCCCGAAACCGUUCAAUUUGUCAGCAAUUUAUCAAGGCCCAUCAAGCGAUGAAGACCUUCAACAGAAACAAACUAUUUUGGUAAGACCCUGAUCUAAAUGCCACCCAAAAAAUAAAUAAAUCGGUGAGCAGCAAAAUUUCAUGGAUCUGUAGAUUAAUGCCCGGGCAACUGUGGAACAGAUCAAGCAGAAUGUACAUAUGUACUCACAGGAAGGGGCGAGGAUGAUACAAAUUGUGAUCACAUAUUUAAAGGUAGCAAUCUGAAUUUCUGCACUAUCAGUAAACUAUUUUAAGCUGUUGUAUAUGAAAACUAAAUAAUCUGUGAGUCAGUUUGUUCCUCUGCAAAGUCAAUAAAUGAAUUCAUUUA